UUUCUCUUUUCCAUUACUUGACCACAACUUUCUCUCUCCCCUCAACUCUAUAUAAGCCUUUCCUCACCCUUCUCUCUCUCAUCACUCCGCUUCCUUCUUCCCUUCAUUUUCUUAUUCAUCUUAUUCAAUGGAGGAAAGUGUGGCACCAAAGAGGCCAAGAGAAGAACCACAACAGAAUGAAUUUGCCCUAGAUUGUGAUGACUUACUUGAGUCCUCAAAGAGGCACAAACCAUACAAUCACAUACUCUCCCUCCUUGAAUCAGACGAAGAUGACUCCACACAAGACCUCUCUCCUCUCAUCACUGCCCUCCAACAAGAAAUCACCAACUUUUCCUCUGAUUCCGACACCCUUUUCACCCAACAGACAACCACCGGCAACAAUUUGGAGGACUGUUCAUCCUCCACCACUCAAUGUUCUACCGGCAUCGUGGAGGAACAUGACAAAGAAAUGGUCAUGAGACACCUUCUUCAGGCUUCUGAUGAUGAGCUCGGGAUUCCAAACAAAGGGUCUGAUGGGUUUCUCGAUCUUGGGGAAGAAGAUCCUGGCUUCAACGCUGGAGACAUGCUUUCUUCUAUUUGUGAUGGGUUGUUGGAGUUUGAAGAUGAAACUGCUAACUAUUAUGAACUCUUGCAGUCCCAACUCUUUCUCUAGUUUCUUUAGAUUGGGGGUUACAAAUUUCUGAAAAACAAAAGUUUUUCGUGCUUUUAAGAUCAAAUCCAAGGAAAAAAUUUUAAAGCUUGGAACAGAAGUUUUUCUUCUUUCUGCUUUCAUGUUUAGAUGCCUUCUUUUUGUAAAUUAAAAUGAUGGGGGACUUAGGCCACGUUCGUUAUUAUACUAUAAAUGUCGAUCUGUAGAAAAACCAAGUAGGCUUAUAUUACACAAUGUAAAAUUAGCUAGUAAUGAUUAUCUUUUAAAGUCUUUAUAUGCUAA